GCAGGGGGCAGCAUCUCCCCUCGCCGCAAUGACAGCAGCGUAUAUGUAUGUCCGGGAAAGAAGAAGAAACACUGGACUGAACCCAAACAAGCUGGCCGUGGUCGAGCUCUGUGAAGAAUGCCUUUUCGUUUCUGCCCCCAAUGUGGGACAAAGUUGCAGCCUGAUUUCAGAUUCUGUCCAUCAUGUGGGGACAAGCUUCCGUGUCCCGCUGAAGAAUCUGGAGAUGUGAGCUCAGCUGCUUCUUUAAGUCUCUCUCCACGCAAAAGUGAUGAAAUUGCAAAAUCUCUAGCUAAAGAAAGCUUCACUUCAAGCAGAAUAUGUGAACCCACAGAAACCAAAGCCCAUGCAUGUAUCACCUCAUAUCCAGUAUCAUCUCGUCCUGCACUGCGUAAGACUCGCAACUCUCUCCGUCUGGACAGGGGAAUUAAAGUCAACAUUACAGAAGCCACUAAUCCUGUCAUAGAUGACAAGAUUGAAGGUAAAAGCGUUGGUUGCCAGAUAUCUCCACAAAAGCAGAACACAGUCACUUCCAGAGUCAACGCAGAGGUAGAGCCAAAUUUAGAGUCUUCAACUUUGCCUGUUGUGAAAACUCCUCGGCUCGUCAGAGGAAAGGCAAAACUCUCCAGUCCCGCUUUGAAGCAGGUAGAAGAGGGAAAGAAGCUGACUGUAAUAACAAGUGAGGGAGCAGAGGGAUCUCCUGUCCGUCCUCCUGUUUCCUCACCAAUCUCCAAGUCUCCUUUAAAAGCAACAGGAAAAAGCAAAGCCAAGAAGGCAAAGCAAGUGUCCGCGGUGGAGCCGCUACAGGAAGGCGAGGAGGUGACGGACACAACGGGCAAGAAGUGGAAACUGAUGAAACUGCUCGAUCAAACGCUGACAGAGGUCGUCUAUGAAGUUUCACAAACCGUUUCACGAUCCAAGGAAUCAAAUCACAUUCUCAAGCUGGGAGCUAAAGUUGGAAGAAUCUUCAAUGAGCAGAACUUUCUGCAGAGAGCUGCAAAACCUGCAUCUGUGGACAAGUGGAUCAAACAAAACAAGAUGGAUUUUCUGGGGAUUCCUUCCUGUGCUGGCUUUGGUCUCCAUGCAGAUUCCUACAGGUUCCUGAUUUUCCCCGACAUGGGCCAGUCUCUCCAGUCUGUGACUGAGGAAGAAGAUUGUCUGUCUGAGGAAGCAGUUCUUCAGCUCGCCUGUAGACUAUUGGAUGUUCUGCAGUACAUCCAUUCAAACGAGUAUGUUCAUGCGGAUAUUAACGCAGAAAACAUCUACAUCAGACCAGGACAAGCAUCACAGGUUUACCUUGUAGGAUACUGCCAUGCCUUCAGGUACUGUCCAGGAGGGCAACACGUAGAGUACCGUGAAGCCAGCAGGACACCACACGAGGGCGCCAUUGAGUUCAUCAGCCUGGAUGCACAUAAGGGAGCAGCACCGUCUCGACGCAGCGACUUGCAGUCUCUUGGUUACUGCAUGCUGCAAUGGCGCACGGGCUCGCUGCCCUGGACUGAGCUCAGUCAACCGGACCAGGUCGCCACGCACAAACAGAGGUUCAUGAACGACGUCCCUGCACUGUUGAGUCACUGCUUUGGGAAGACGAGAGUUUCCAGAGUAUUUCAAAGCUACCUGACUUCAGUGAUGGCUCUGCAGUACUCGGAGCAGCCAGACUACUCGGCGCUGAAGGCCGAGCUCAGCACAGCUUUACUGCAGAUGGGAGGUUCACAGGAGCAGCCACUCAGUUUUUAGCCCGGCCACCGUCACCGACAGCCAAGACCGUGGCGUCCACACAGCCAGCAGAUCUGUUUGUGUUUCCUCUGUAGCAGUGUAGAAGUUUUUAACUGGUGGUAGCCGCUUGUCCUAUUUACUAUAUCACUUCCACAAGCUUUAUGACAUCUUAAUGACGUAAUUGAUGGAUCAGCUGAAAAACCCUUUACCAGUGCCUUUGUUCCACACUGCUGAUAGUUUACUUGAAUUUAAGUGUUUCCUGAUGUUAGAUUUUUUUCCCGAUUUUAAACAAAAGAUGUUUUAAGGUUUUUUAAUCAUUUUGAAAAAAUGUUGAUGUCAUAGGUAUUAAAGGUAACAAGACAAAUGUAUUAAAGUGUGAGCCAUUUUCAAAUCUCUUAAA